GGGCCGUGUGUCUGUAUAUGUGUGCUUUAUUAUUAUUAUUAUUUUCCUCCCUCUUCCCUUAUGUAUGAGCGCGCGUCGCAGGGUUAGACAGGGCUCCUGAAGUACUUGCUGUUCGUCUCGGGCUGAGGGGGAGAGCGAAAGGGGCGCGUGCAGCAGGUCAGACGGCGGCGACUUCUCGCGCUGAGGUAAACCUCGCAGACACCAUGAGCCACCUGCGCGCCGUGGCUGCGCCCAGCGAGUGGGGCGAAGGCGGCAGGGAUUUGGGCUCCCAGCAGCAGCCAUUGGAAGACAGCCUUCUGCUGGGACAGGAGGCGACGGCAGCAAGUCGCGGCUUCUCCUCAGCCUGGUUGGGCAUCUGCUGCCCAGGCCGGGUCACCUCGUCGCCCAGGUACCUGCUCUCAGGAGCAGCUGAGGGGGACGAUGAGGAAGAAGAUGACGAGGACGACGAGGAGGACGACGAGGAACUCUUGGAGGCAGGCGCGGCCGAGCACUUGGGCGGCGGCAGCCGGAGCCGGAGCGGCGGGUCAGGGAAGCUGUGCGCGUUGCAGGAGCACCACCACCGCCACCACCACCACCAGGCAGACGGCACCCCUGGCGACGCGCAGGCGACGCGGCCACGCGGGCCCAGCGGCGGGGGUCUGCUCCGCCAGGGCCCUCAGGUGAGCGGCGUGCAGAAGCAGAGGCGCCUGGCGGCCAACGCCCGCGAGCGGCGGCGGAUGCACGGGCUGAACCACGCCUUCGACCAGCUGCGCAAUGUCAUCCCCUCCUUCAACAACGACAAAAAGCUCUCCAAGUACGAGACGCUGCAGAUGGCGCAGAUCUACAUCAGCGCGCUGGCCGAGCUGCUGCACAGCCCACCUCCCGCCGACGGCGCCCCCGCGAGCCAGACUUACGAGCGCGCGCCCUGCACCCCGCCUGUAGGGGGCGCUCUGCAGCAACAGCCAAGGUCCCAGGCCUCGGGACACUGCCGGACACGUUUUCCCCAAGAGCAGCCGACAGGGGGCGGGGCAGGAGGAGGAGGCUUCUCUGUGCAACUAGACCCGCUGCAUUUCCCCUCGUUCACGGAGUUGGGGCAGAAAGCCCCCUCACCGGCGCAGCUCCUGCCGCCGUCGGGCCAGCCCCAGCAGGAGCGGAGGAAACCCUCGCCGCCGGCCCAUCGCAGCGAUGGGGAGUUCUCGCCCCGAUCCCAUUACAGUGACUCUGACGAGGCCAGCUAGGCGCGCGGCAGUCGGGCAGGGAGGAAUGGGUGAGAUCGGCGGCUGCCAGUCAAGCCGACUCUGAAGCUGACCGGGGAAGCGGGGGGAGGACUGCUUGUCAGACAGCUUGUGAAAGACGUUGCUGGCGUGAACAGGGCAGGAUCCUGGGCAAGUGGGGCAAACAGACGCCCGUCGCAGGCUCUGACGGACUCACCUCGCCAGCCUUAGAAAGCUUUGGAAACCUGCGGGGGGAACUCUCCUUAACUUCUCUUUCUAGAAGUAGCCAUUUACCCUGCGCAGGUCUAGAACAGUAGGGAAAGCUUUUGAACCAUGAUUUCUCUCGAACUCUAUUCGAAAAGCACUCUGGUUGCUGUUUUCGCAAGCAAGCAAAGGGAGCUUUCUUCCAAGCAAGUGUGCUUCGAAUCUUAGCUUUUGAGCGAUUUUCUAGAAGCCGAUAUUGGUACUGAAUCAGCAUAGCUGCCAAGUUUUCCCUUUUCUCGCGAGGAAGCCUAUUCAGCAUAAGGGAAAAUCCCUUUAAAAAAGGGAUAACUUGGCAGCUAUGGUACUGAAUGUAACCUGGUUUGUUUUUUUCUAGUUUUAAAAUUUGGCUCCCCCUUUCCUGCUGGAAUCAGUUGCAUAUACUGUAUUCCACCAGAGAGAGUAAAACCAUAGCUGCCAAGUUUUCCCUUUUCUCGCGAGGAAGCCUAUUCAGCGUAAGGGAAAAUCCCUUUAAAAAAGGGAUAACUUGGCAGCUAUGGUAAAACAGAUUCCGGAUUACAGAUUCUGGGGCAAUGGGCUGUACCCAUCCGAAAUUAAGCACUGCUUUUGGGGACAGCUCCUCGAGGUUUACUCGGAUGUAAACUCCAAAGAGUUCACUUGCCACCGCUCCCUAGUUAGUUUCGGUCUUCAGCUGACAUUCACGUGGUGUUAGAGGCUCAGUGUUGCAGGUAUAGGGAUCUGGACCUAUACAGUACAGUAUACAAAUACGUGGAAGUAAAGUCCGUUGACCUCAACGACGCUUACUUCCAAGUAGACAUAGUCUGUAACGCUACAGCAACUUGCCUGAGGGUAACCCAAAAUGAACUCAGCGGGGCUUAUUUCUCAGUAGGAAUGCAGAGGAAUGAGCUGUCCCAUUUGAAAGCCUAACCACCGUUUCUUGGAAGUAUAUUAACUGAACAAUUCCAGGUAAAUGCAUUUAGGGUCGGAGCUUAGAGAACUCUGACCUUUGACGUUUGGAUAUCGAUCUCAUUCAGCUUCAUUCUAAGCACAACUGCUCGGAAGUACAUGCUAAUUGUUCUUUUUAAUACUGCCACGAAGUGUGCUUGUGACUCUCAUUCCAAUUAACGAGGCUCCAUUCAGUUUCAUUGCAACCCUUCAUCUGAACUAGACCGCAAAUUAUCCUUUCGCUUUGAAGUGACUUCAGCUGAUAGAAUUGGGCACAGUUUCAAGGUUGUAGUCCUCGCUGCAUCUGUCCUACAAGCUUCCCUGGGGAGCCUGAAGAUUGUGGCUAUACUAGUGGUCUGAGUUUGGUUGACGGUUCUUUUGGGUCCACCGACUUUGUGUGCGCUCCUCCGCCUUCCCAAACGCAGGGCUGUUUUGUCCUCGCUACACGAACUUGCAAGGAAUCCCCCUUGAUGUAAAUCAAUCUACUUCCGCGCUUAGUUACAUAAGCAGUCCCCCAGCGUGUUUAGUGGGGCUCCAGUGCGCCCAUGACUGCAGCCUUCCUUCCAAUAGAGUUCGCUUAGGAUCAAGCGCCCUCCUUGGAAUUCCUCCGGAGUGAGGGGUCCCUGGGUGGACCUGCCUUCUAGCCAUCCGCCCCGGUGUCCCCGUCGGCCCACGGAGCAUUUGGGCUUUUGCUAGCGAAAAGGCAAGUACGGUUCCUUGCAACGUGGCCGCUUGCAAAGCAUCCCGAAUGCCGAGUCGCUGUACAAAUUGUGAGCACAAACGAGGAGGGGCAGUGGAGAGGGCAGCGUUCGUGGACAUCCCUUUCUUCCCGGGUUGUAAAUAGGGGGAGCGGAUUUUUAUUUGUAUCCUGUUUAGCUUUUAGCUUUUCCUCAACUUUCAUCCAAACCGAAUGUUGGCGUCUUCUGUAGGUGGGAUUUAGCGCAAGCACUUUAUAAGCCGCCGGGAGUGGAGAUUGAGAGACGCGGCUCCAAAAGAAAAGCGACUCACUGCCAAUUGAAUUAAUAAUACCAAUGUCGAACUCAGCCAUGUCUCUAAUCGUCAUUAUUAAACUCAUUUGCAAACAGCAUGGGGGGGGGAGCGGGAAACUACCACUUUUGUUUGUUGUGUCAAACAUUUAUGUCAAUUUCAUUUGCUUUUGUGAUGUUUUAGCGACAGAAUGUUUAUUUAUUACUGGAUGUUUGCUACUGGUUCUGUUUUAUCUUUUUUAAACCAAACGACUUUUUACACGAUCCGUUUAUUUUUAACAAAUCUAGCUGCCAUUGUUUAUGUAACUUUUUUUUGAGAGAGAGAGAGAGAAAGAUCAAAUAAAAAAAGUUUUAAAAGCAAGAACUUUUGUUGAGGUGAGUCUUUACAGGAAUCAUGACUGGAACGGUAUAACGUAGAAGUAAGUAUCGAGGAGACUUGCUUCAGGGAAUGAUU